AUGUUGACCAACUGGUUUUCGCAACCUGCAGGUGCACGCUCCUCGACCGACGACCCUCGCGGUCCCGAUGCUGAGGAUGACACUCUCGUGAUGGAGCCCGAUCAGGGCAAUGUCCUCUCUCAUAUCAUUUCCCAACUGCGACCUGGAGCCGAUCUCAGUCGUGUCGUUCUUCCUACCUUCAUCCUCGAACCACGCAGCAUGCUUGAGCGCAUCACAAACUUCAUGUGCCACCCGGAAAUGCUACUCCCGAUCCCCGACAUAGAUGACCCCGUCGAGCGUUUCGUAUCCGUAGUCAAGUUCUACCUGAGUGGGUGGCACAUCCGUCCUGCAGGCGUCAAGAAGCCCUUGAACCCAAUUCUUGGUGAAAUUUUCACUUGCUACUGGGACCUUGAAGAUGGAAAGCGCGCAUACUACAUCUCCGAGCAGACGUCUCACCAUCCCCCAAAGUCGAGUUACUUUUACAUGGCCCCCGACCACCAUAUUCGUAUCGAUGGAACUCUUAAGCCUCGAAGUCGAUUCCUUGGAAAUUCUGCCGCCAGUCUGAUGGAAGGUAUUGCUUUCUUGAGUCUGUUGAACCGAGGCAAAGACCCUGCAAAGGGUGAGCAAUAUAUUCUCACCCAACCCAACAUGUAUGCCCGAGGCAUUCUGUUUGGCAAGAUGAAGUACGAGCUUGGAGACCACAGCUUUGUUCGAUGCCCUGAGCUCGAUCUCGCUGCCGACAUCGAAUUCAAAACCAAAGGUUGGGUCGGUGGUACUUACAACGCCAUUGGUGGAGUGAUUAAGAGGGAGAGCACUGGUGAGGUCUUGUUCGAGCUUUCUGGCCUCUGGAGCGAAGAAAUGUACAUCAAGGAUAUGACGAAGCAGACCGGCCACCGCGAGAUGUUCUUCAACGCCCUACGAUCGAAGCCUUCUCCACCUUCAGUACGACCAAUUGAGGAACAGGAGGAGCGAGAGUCUCAACGACUCUGGGACAAGACCUCCAGGGCCGUCAAGGAGCGGAACCACGAGCUUGCGACUGACGAGAAGACGAAGAUUGAAGACCGACAGCGUGAGGAGGCUGCCCAACGGGCCCAGGAAAAUAUUGAGUGGCACCCACGACUGUUCAGGAGAGUUCAAGGUGGCCCCGGUGGUAUGGAAGAAGGCGAGGAAGACUUGGAAUGGGUUAUUAACGCUCACAUGGACCAUGCUGCCCCCCCUAAAAAACAAGCCGAGCAAAUCAUGGCAAUUUACCCGGUUGUCAAAGGACAAAAGCCGAGUCAACAAAAUGUCAUCCCUCCUCACAGCCCUUCCGCGAAGCCUGCCGAGACAGCAAUCGCCCAGCCCGUUGAGAACCACAUUGAUGACAACCUAAUCGACUUUGACGAUACACCUGCUCCAGCUAAGCCUGAGCAACCAGCUAAGCUUGAGCAGCCAGCUCCCGUUGAAGAAGUGCCGAAAGAGUCUGAGAUUCAAAACCUGCUGAGCUCUACAGGAAAACAGGCCAAUGGACCACUCCUUGACUUCACAAAAGACCUGAAGAAGGACUUACCCUCCUCCACGCAACAAUAA